AUGGAUCCAAAAGAGUACAACAGACCUACUUCUUUGGCCUUUGCAGUUGCAGAUCAUUCGAUGGCAGCAAACUCAAUGAUGCCAACAGUUGAAGAAGUUCGGACUGGUGGGAGCAAUAUUGCUCCCAUUGGGACUCCCAAUGCUCCUGUUGAUGUGCCAUUGGUGGUAAAGGGUUCAACAAUCCCUCUUCCUGUGCCUGCUGCUGCUCAUGCUCCUGCUGAGGUCACUGGGGUAAGGGAAAAAAAACCCAUGGUUACUAGAUCACAUGUUUGGGAACAUUACGAGCGUGUGUAUGAUGAAUAUGGUAGAGUCAUGAGUGCUAAGUGUCUUUACUGUGCUAGAGUUUAUCAAUGUCAUAGCAAAUUGGAUGGUACUUCUACUUUGAGAGCCCAUAUGCUUGCAUGUCUUAAAAAUCCUCAUGCUAAACAUACUAGGCAGACAUUGUUAACUUUAACUCUUGUUGCCCCUGUUUGUAGUGCUGGUGAUGAUAAUGAUAACAGAGUCAAUGUUGGGUCAUGGAAAUUCUGUCAAGAAGUUAUUAGGGAAGCUUUAGCCUAUAUGAUAAUUGUGGAUGAGUUGCCUCUAGGGUUUGUGGAAGGGGUUGGGUCUAAAAAAUUGAUGUUAGCUGCAUGUCCUAGGUUUAAAAUAACUAGUAGGUGGACUGUAACUAGGGACUGUUUCAAAAUGUAUGAGGAACAAAGAUUGAAACUGAAACUUUUCUUAAAGAAUCAUAGACAAAGGGGAGAAUACAUUUCUAAGUCCCUUGAAAAUUGCUUGGUGGACUGGGGACUUAAAAAUGUAUUCUCUAUCACAAUGGAUAAUGCCAGUAGUAAUGACACUGUUGUGUCUGCUUUUAAAAAGAAAUUGAAUCAAUGGGGCACUGGUGUUGCUAAGGGUAAGUAUUUGCACAUGAGAUGCAUUGCUCAUAUCUUGAAUCUUGUUGUCAGUGAUGGUUUGAAAGAUGUCAAUGUGUCAAUUAAAAAAGUUAGAGACUGUGUUAGGUACAUUAGGAAUAGUCCUGCUAGGCUAAGAAAGUUUAGAGAAGCUGCUGGAUUUGUGGAGAUUGAAACUAAAAAGUCAUUAUGUCUUGAUGUGUGA